AUGAAGAAGGACCGUGUGGAAUUUGUGGUUGUUGAUGAACACGCGGAAGCCCGCAUCGACGACAUUGCCCAUCUCCUCCAAGAAUAUCCUAGUUUAAGUCACGCAAAGAUCAUCCAUCUUUGUGCUCCGUCAGCAGACUUCCUCAACCGCAGACCUGGCGCUAAGGCUGGUGUCGCCAUCGAAGCUGUCGCCCCCGAAAUGCACACAUAUAUCCAUGGCGGCCUUAUCGCUAGAAUGGCGAAGCCGGCCCGUACACAGAAGUUCCUUCGAAUACUCUCAAGGAUGUGGGAUGCUCGUAGCGGUUACACGAACGGCUCUACCCUGAGAGAUGGUCUCCGCGGUAACAAGAUAUCAGCCGAUAUGACCUCCCGUUCGGUCGCAUAUGCUGGAAAUGUCCUGGUGGCAGAAGACAACCCGAUCGCGCGGAAUCUUCUCGUAAGGCAAUUACAACGGCACGGCUCGACGGUCACCGCAGCAAACAAUGGAGAAGAAGCGAUUCAAUUAUAG